GAGUGACAACCUUUAUGUCCCCAUCUUUCUCAAACCUCUAAAUUCAAAUAGACUCAUUCGUCAACAUAUACACGCCCAACUUCCCUAUAACUCUCACACCCUUUCACCUUUUAUAUAACUUAAGUUUUCCGGCCAAAAUGGUAUCCCGAUUUAGUGCUACCACCGUGAAAACCCACCGACUCCGGCUCGAUAAUGGCGGCAUGUCAUCUACUGUCUCAUUUCUAUUUGUAUCAUUCAUGUUGUUUAGUUCAAUUGGGUAUUUAUACACAUGUAUUGUGUACAAGAACAUUAACGUAAAUAAUUAUGGUUGCGAAGAAGACGGUGAGGGUUGGUGGGCGAUCGGAGUUUUCUAUGGGGAUUCGCCGUUUUCGCUUAAGCCCAUUGAAGAUAUGAAUGUGUGGGAGAAUAUGAGUUCAUCAUGGCCUGUGGCUAACCCGGUUGUGACAUGCGGGUCGGUUUCUGAGUCCGGGUUUCCUAGUAACUUUGUUGCUGAUCCUUUUCUUUAUGUUCAGGGAGAUGUUCUUUACAUGUUCUUCGAGACCAAGAAUCCGAUCACCAUGCAAGGCGAUAUCGGGGCUGCAAGAAGCAUAGACAAUGGAGCAUCGUGGCAACAACUUGGAGUCGUGUUAGACGAAGAAUGGCAUCUCUCGUAUCCAUUCGUAUUCGACUAUGAUGGUCAAAUAUAUAUGAUGCCCGAGGGUAGUAAAAAAGGCGAUCUUCGCCUUUACAGAGCAGUUGAGUUCCCAUUAAAAUGGGAACUCGAAAAGAUCAUUUUGAAACGCCCUCUUAUCGAUUCGUUUAUCAUGGAAUACGAAUCGAGGUACUGGCUUUUCGGGUCGGACCAUAGCCGGACCGGCUCGAAAAAGAACGGAGAGCUUGAAAUAUGGUAUAGCAACACGCCAUUCGGCCCGUGGAAACAACAUAAGAACAACCCGAUUUACAACACUGGCGAAAAAAUGGGUGCCCGAAACGGAGGCAGGCCCGUGUUUUACAACGGGAAUGUGUAUCGGUUCGGUCAAGAUGACGGUGAAACGUAUGGAAAACGCGUCCGUGUGUUCAAAAUUGAAGUUCUUACACCUUAUAGUUACAAAGAAGUCGAAGUUGAUUUGGGGAUUGAGAAGGCGACGAAAGGGAAAAACGCGUGGAAUGGUGCUCGGUCGCAUCAUCUCGAUGUGCAACAGUUAAAGUCUGGUCAGUGGAUUGCGGUUUCUGAUGGGGAUCGAACCCCGUCUGGAGAUGUGACACGAAGAUAUGUUGUCGGAUGGUUGUUGAUAUUAGCCACGGGUUCGCUUGUUUUUGUAAUGGGUGUGUUGCUCGGGUUCGUGCGGUGCAUUGUCCCGCUAAGUUGGUGCCCACAUAGUGUCAAGAAACGAAGUGAUUCGUUUUUGGUAUUGGAGAGAUCAAGCGUUUUGUCGUCCAAGUUAAGAGGGUGUUGCACCCGGUUAAACCGGGUGAGUUUGUUUAUUCGGUGCAAGAUGAACCCGAACACGAGCUUUGGCCGGUUAGCAUUUCUCGCCAUCUUGGUUGUUUGCAUCGUGCUUUUGUGCGUCGGGAUUGGAUACAUAUAUGGUGGAAGUGGCGGUCACGAGCCUUAUGCAAUCGACAACCGUUACUCGCAGUUCACAAUGUUAGCGAUGACCUACGAUGCGCGGUUAUGGAACUUAAAAUGGUACAUAAAACAUUACUCCAGGUGUCCUUCGGUUCGUGAGAUUGUUGUGGUAUGGAACAAAGGGACACUUCCUGAUCUAACCGAGUUUGACUCGGCGGUCCCAUUGAGAGUUCGGGUUGAGGAAAAGAAUUCAUUAAACAACAGGUUCAAGAUCGACCCGAUGAUAAAGACUCGAGCGGUCCUUGAACUAGACGAUGACAUAAUCAUGAGUUGUGAGCACAUUGAACGCGGGUUCAAAGUAUGGAGGGAGAAUCCAGACCGGUUGGUCGGGUUUUAUCCACGUCUAGUUAGCGGGCCAGGGCCGUUGGAAUACCGAGGUGAGAAACACGCUCGGAAGUUCAAUGGGUAUAACAUGAUUUUGACUGGUGCCGCGUUUAUGGACAAUCGGGUGGCGUUCGGUAGGUAUUGGAGUGAAGAAGCGAAAGCGGGACGUGAGGUGGUGGACGCGGUUUUUAACUGUGAGGACGUGUUGAUGAAUUUCUUGUAUGCGAAUGCUACAUCUUCACGGACAACCGUGGAGUAUGUUAAACCGACUUGGGCUAUCGAUACUUCAAAGUUGUCGCGAGUGGCGAUUAGUGAAAAUACACAAGCGCAUUAUCGGGUGCGAAGUUACUGCUUAGAGAAGUUUACCGCGUUGUACGGUGGUAUAUCGGAUGAAAAGGUGGAAUUCCGGAGGAGGAGAGACGGGUGGGAUCUAUAGCACCGCCGCCAACCCCCGCUAACUGCAGUUUAGUUUUUUUUUUUUUUUUAACGUCGAAACUUCUAUAUUAAAAAUAUAGAAACUGGGCAGCAAAAAGCUGGAACCCAAAAGUUUAGAUGUUGUACAUUUGUACGGUUUACUUGUGUUAGAGUAAUCCAAAGUGUGAAUUUGUUAGUUAACAAUGUUAUGGGUUAGCUACUUACCUGUA